GACGGCUCUGGCAGAGGGGCAAGGUUUCGUUUACAAAGUGUAAGGACGGUCAGCUGUUCGGCUUCAGCAACAGACUAGUCGUUUUAACUUUAAAACGAGUCUAGAAAAUAAUUAAUUCAGGCGGGGUAGUGAAUUUAAGCUGCUAGUUCUUUUGUGAGGGGAGGAACCUUUCAGCGAUACGACUCAUUUCUACACGGAAUACUGUCCGAUUGGGACCGUAAAUACACCGUCGUAGCUGUUCUGUAGAGAGGGGAGACCCAUGAGGGUGUAAUAAAUAACAGGCAGAUUUCAAUGAAACAGACAGGCGCUUUCAGUCGAAGCGGACGCAGAGCUGUGAAGUUGGCUGGUUCCGGUGUUAAAGCGUGAAUCCGGGAAGAGAUGGAGCCGUGUCGGCGGGCCGGACUCAGCGGGGUCCUGUGCUCCCUGUCACUGCUGUGUGUCAUCCUGGACAUCCAGCUGGACGGCGUCUUUGGGGAAACUCAGGCUGAGAUUGAGCACCACUUGGAGAUGGGCCGCAAACUUUUGGCAGCUGGUCAGCUGGCUGAAGCCUUGUCCCACUACCACUCUGCUGUGGAGGGUGACUCUAAGAAUUACCUGACCUUCUACAAGCGAGCUGCAGUGUUUCUGGCCAUGGGAAAGUCCAAAUCUGCCCUGCCAGAUCUGACCAAGGCUAUCCAACUCAAGCCCGAUUUCUUGGCUGCCCGCUUGCAGAGAGGGAACAUCCUGUUGAAGCAGGGCAGCACGCAGGAGGCACGGGAGGACUUUGAGGCAGUGCUGCUGUUCCAGCUGCAGCGGUCCUCAGACAACGAGGAAGCUCAGAACCAGCUGAUGAAGGCGAACGAGCUGGAGGAGCUGCAGGAGGAGGCCCAGGCCGCGUACCACCAAGGGGACUACAGCACAACGAUCACUGUGCUGGAGAGAGUUAUAGAGAUCUCUCCUUGGGAUCCGGAGUCUCGGGAGCUCCGCGCAGAGUGCUACAUCCGGAUGGGAGAUCCACAGAAAGCCAUCCAGGAUCUCACGCCGACGACGCGGCUUCGCAACGACAACCGCGCCGCCUUUCUGAAGCUCGGCAAGCUGCAUUACAGCCUCGGCGACCACCACGAGUCACUCAACAACGUCAGAGAGUGUCUGAAACUCGACCAGGACGACAAGGAGUGCUUCAGCCACUACAAGCAGGUGAAGAAGCUCAGCAAGCAGCUGGACUCGGCAGAAGCGCUGAUUGAGGAGGGCAGGCAUCAAGAAGCCAUAGAAAAGUAUGAAUCAGCAAUGCAGACGGAGCCUAAUGUCCCGUACUACACCAACCUGGCCAAAGAGAGGAUCUGCUUCUGUCUUGUGAAGAUUAAAUCAGCGACCGAGGCGAUAGACGUGUGUUCGGAGGCCCACCAGAGAGACCCCCGCAACGCCAACGUCCUCAGAGACAGAGCAGAGGCCUAUAUCCUCAACCAGGACUACGAGAAAGCUGUGGAGGACUACCAGGAGGCGAGAGAGUUCGACGGCGACAGCAACGAUAUCAAAGAGGGGCUGGACCGAGCCCAGAGGCUGCUCAAGCAGUCUCGUAAGAGGGACUACUAUAAAAUCCUCGGUGUCAGCAGGAGUGCCAACAAGCAGGAGAUCACCAAGGCGUACAGGAAGCUGGCACAGCAGUGGCACCCCGACAACUUCCAGUCUGAGGCCGAGAAGAAAGAAGCAGAAAAGAAGUUUAUCGACAUCGCAUCGGCCAAAGAGGUCCUUACUGAUCCAGAAAUGAGGCAGAAGUUUGAUGCGGGCGAGGAUCCGCUGGACCCAGAAAGCCAGCAAGGAGGCGGCGGAGGUCAGCAGGGCUGGCCUUUUCACUUCAACCCCUUUGAAUCUGGCGGCAGCUUCCACUUCAAGUUCCAGUACAACUAGAGAGCAGGACUUGACGAACACACGGGCGGGGAGGGGGGGUAGUGUCGUUUUAGGUGGAUUGGAUACUUUGGAAAAAACCUUCGGGGGAUUUUGGAGGACGAGUCUUCCUCAAAAGCUCUGCGGCAGCCUGGACGCAGGUUUUCGCAAACUUUUUUUUUGUUAUUUUGGACUUUUUACCACAAAAUCAAAGGACCUACCUGUGGUUACUCAUAAAUUACGUUGUGCUUGAAGAAAAUGAAGUCUACAGACGAGCUCCGUAGGAAAUGUGCGACGGCUGGAAGCAGUGUCCGCUCUUAUUCUUUCUUUGUGCCAUUCUUUGAAGCGCUACUCGGCGCCUCCUUUUUAUUUUUAGUGCCGUGACUCUUUGCUUGGAAAUCUGUACGUCUGUCCGUUUGCUUGCAGUAUUCUUUAAAGGUCUACUGAUUUCAGUCUCUAUUUUUUACCACGUCGAGACGUCUCUACACUAGAGAAGCAGGAUUUUUAUAUUUAUCAUUAGACCUGUGGCUGUUGAGCUAUAUUUAUGGUGAAACUCGAGCACCGCUACAGGAAACCUGUAGGUGUAAGAAUUUCAAUAUCCUAUGGAUCUGAAGUCAGCGUAGGUGCUCUGUGAUGUAUACGUGUAUAUUUUUAAAUUUAAAUCAGCGCCUCCUGAUAGCUAAUUGGAAUAAUUCUGUGUGAAUUUUGGUUUGGAGAUGUUCAUUUAUAUCCAGGGGCAGACAUUAUGGAUGUAAGUGCACAAAAUAAGUGAAAAAAAAAGUUUAGAAAAACAGCCGCAAAUGACUGCAUUGACAUUUAGAGUAUUUCUGUUCCUUCCCUCCUCCUUUCAAGGAAACGUUUCGAAAGCUUGCACUUUUACUUUGUUUGAAAAGGCCACUUCACUCCUGAAAUGUUACUGUAGGCCUUUGAAAAGCCUUCCACACACUCCCGUGUGUCUUCAGUGGCUAUCCGAGAACCUCAUUUAUAAAUGGGUGUUACUGAAGCGUGUCUGAGCUGCUGCUUUAUUUUUCCCGAGGUACACCAUAUCUACUUCACGAGCAGCAUGUUUGGAUAAUAUUUAUCCAAUGGGUCGCACUGACACACAUACGAACUUCAUGCAGUUUAUAAAUGAGGUUCUUGCAGCCACACGGGCCACACAGGUGAACCGAGAUGAUGUUUUUAAAGACUUUAUUUUUUAGCACAAAUUAAGUUAUUUUGUCUUUAAUAACUUGAGGACACACUGACUGUAACCAGCUUCUACUGCUUGAUUGUGUGAACAAAAUGUGACAGGCUCUCUUUGUAUUUAACUCUGAGUGGGACGGUUUUGUUUCUGGGUUUCUUUUGUUGGAGGCUUUUUUUUUUUUCCUGUUGCCAAACUGAGUCAGCUGACAAGCUCAAGUGUAUUAAAAUAUUGAAACAAAC